AUGUCGAUCACCGCUGACAACGUAAACAAGAAACCGAUCGGGAUCGACAUGGCCAUCGCUAAGCUCCUCCUCCUUGCCCUCGUCGUCAUUUCGGCGCAAGGAUCGGACACACAGCUCUGCAGCGUAUCCGACAUCCAGGUGCAGACCGUCAACGCCCGCUCGCGGGGCAGCGGCCCCAACGGCGAUACGCUGUUCAAGGUGCGGGUGAAGAACAUGUGCCCGUGCAGCGUCAGGAACGUGCGGAUCGACGGCCGAGGCUUCUCGUCGACGUUGGAUGUGGACCCGUCCCUGUUCAGGGCCGAGGGCGGCGGCGUCUACCUGGUGAAGGGCGGUCGCCGGAUCGCGAGCAUGGCCACCGUCACCUUCUUCUACUCCUGGGAUCACUACUUCGACCUGACCCCCAAGAGCUUGGAGGUGGAGGAGGACCGGUGCUACUAG